AUGAUAUUUCGUGCAUUUAUAGUGUUUGCACUGGCAAAGACCAUUCGUGGGCUAGCCACGCCGGUGGCCUCUAAUUCUGAUUACGGCAGAAAUCAUGAUAUAGCUUCGAUGUUGGCGCAGGCUGCGAACGACCCUGCUAUUAAUGAUAAUCGGCUACCGGAAGCAGCUUCAGCGUUAUCGAAGCAAGUUGUGGAUGGGGCCUCGGGAAACGACAGGUCGGUCGAGGAAGCUUGGAAUGCGGUUCAGGGCAUAAUUGGCGAAUCGGCCAAUGUCUUUGAUGUCGCUGCUAACCUCGCAAUAUCUGGGGCGAUCCCAAGCGACAUCCUAGGGCUUUUAAACGGAUACGCCAAUCAAAGGCUGAACGCCCUUGAUAACGAAAACCCCUCGGUGACUGGGCAUACCAUAUAUCCAUUCAAAAUGGAAGGAGACGCGCCUUAUUCUGUCGAGGAGGCUAAGCUUAGGGCGGCAAUUUAUAUACCAGAAUCAUUCAAGCAUGGAGAAGAUGGAAGGAAACCAGUGAUUCUUGUUCCAGGAACAGCCAUUCCAGCGGGCACGACAUACUAUUUCAACCUUGCCAAGUUGGCGGACGCUGUACCGGAAGCGGAUGUGGUCUGGGUCAACAUACCAGGAGCUUCUUUGCCGGACGUUCAGAUUAGCUCUGAAUACAUUGCAUAUGCAAUCAACUACAUCUCUGCAAGGACACAAUCCAAUGUGUCCGUGAUCUCUUGGUCCCAGGGCGGCUUAAAUACCCAAUGGUCGUUCAAAUACUGGCCAUCGACGAGGCAAGUAGUUGAUGAUUUUAUCGCCAUCAGCCCCGAUUUCCGUGGUACUUUGGUUGCGGAUGCGGUUUGCCCAUUGCUUUCCGGCGUCUUCUGCACUCCUUCACUCUUUCAGCAGAGGUGGGAGACCGAAUUCAUCAGCACACUGAGAGAAGGCGGAGGAAGCUCCGCAUAUGUUCCCACAACGACCGUUUACUCUUCCUUCGACGAGAUUGUACAGCCCAUGAGUGGUCCAAAUGCUUCCGCGAUACUUGAUGACGCUCAUGGAGUCGGUGUGUCCAACAACCACUUGCAGACCGUUUGUGCCCUCCAGCCUGGCGGGGGCGUUUACUUGCAUGAAGGCACGCUGUACAACCCUCUAACCUGGGCUUUGGCAGCAGAUGCACUCCGUCACAAAGGACCUGGAGAUACUCGUCGAAUUGACACCGAGAAGGUCUGCGCGGGUUUGAUUGCACCACAACUUGGGGCAGGCGAUCUGCUGGGUUCGGAAGGGCUUUUGCUCAUUGCCGUGGCAGAGAUUCUCGCGUACAGCCCGAAAGCCUUUGAAGAGCCAGUAAUCGCGAGCUACGCCGUGUAA